AUGCAGAUCCUAGAGCUGCUGAUUCAGAGGGAUGGAGAGUUUCAAGAGCUAAUGAAGCUGGCAGUUGAUCAAGGAAAAAUCCAUCAUGAAAUGCAACUUUUAGAAAAGGUAGUAGAGAAGAGGGACAGUGAUAUUCAGCAGCUGCAGAAACAACUAAAAGAAGCAGAGCACGUUCUGGCGACAGCUGUUUAUCAAGCAAAGGAGAAGUUGAAAUCAAUUGAAAAGGCAAGAAAAGGUGCCAUUUCCUCCGAAGAAAUAAUUAAAUAUGCCCAUAGGAUCAGUGCUAGCAAUGCUGUUUGUGCCCCUCUGACAUGGGUACCAGGGGACCCUCGUAGGCCAUAUCCUACAGAUCUGGAAAUGAGGAGUGGUCUCUUGGGUCAGAUGAACAACCCAUCCACCAAUGGAGUUAAUGGGCACUUACCAGGAGAUGCACUUGCAGCAGGCAGACUGCCAGAUGUGCUAGCUCCCCAGUACCCUUGGCAGUCAAGCGAUAUGUCCAUGAACAUGCUACCUCCUAACCAUAGCAACGACUUCUUGCUGGAGCCCCCGGGACACAAUAAAGAGAACGAAGACGAUGUGGAAGUGAUGUCGACAGACUCCUCGAGCAGCAGCAGCGACUCAGACUAGGUACAAGGAGGGCAGUAUCCCUGGUAGACCUUUCCUGUGGUGAAGGCAGGUAGGACGCUUUUCGUCACAAACUGCAAUACCCGCUGUCACACUGGUGGCCCUGUGCAGGGAGAAGAUGCAGCUGGUGCAGAAAGAGGGUGACUAAUUUAAAACCAUGGACUUCUAGAUUUUUUUUUUUCCAUGAGAUGCCCAA